AUGGCGGGAAAAGCUGUGGAAGAUCUCUCUGAUGUGGAGUUGAUGAAUGAAUUGAAGUCCUUGGGUUUAACACCUGGACCUAUUACUCCAAACACUAGACGACUAUUUGAAAAAAAGCUAUCCAGAGCUCUGGGUUGUGACAAUGUCGAUAGCAGUCUCGAAAACAAGGAGGUUGGGUCGAACUUUGAAGUCAGUGAGAGUCAAAUUGCAGAAAGUGAUGAUCGGACGCACAACGCUCCAAGUGUAACAGAGAGCCCAGCGAUCUUUUAUGGGGUUUGUUUCAAUAUGGAUUCUUCUUUAUCUGAAAGUACAUCGCCAGCCAUUCCAGCUGUUUUUACGAGUAAAGACGAGGCACUGAAGAUGGUCAAGAAAGUAAAAGGUUCUCGUUUUAAAAGCUUUAAAAGUAAACAGGAGGCCGAAUUGUUCUCCCGAUCGCACUUUAAAGAUCAAGAGAUAUCUUCAGGUGCAACGUAUACUUCAUCUGUUCCUAGAGAUCCUGUGAGCAUUUUCAAAACUCCAACACCGCAAGAAAUAGUCAAAUUUCGUGCUGUCAUCGAACGAGGCUCGAGUGAAGAAUUUCAAGAAAAAGUUAUGACUAAUCCCAGAUAUCUUAUUGGACCAGGUGACACUCCAGUGAUUUUACAAGAAGGAUUCCGUUAUAAUGCUCUUCAUGUAGCAGUGAAAAAUAACAGAAAAGAGAUGUGUCAGUCUAUUGUUAAAACUUUAGAGAGUGAAUCGUUCUUGGAUGUGCUAUUGAACCAUGAGAUAAAGACAGCCAAGAACAGCAAAAGGAGAGAAUUUUUUGUGGACAUGUACUUAAACACACCAGACAAAGGGAACUUGGAAACACCAUUACAUUUUGCCAGCAAGUUUGGUUUUCCUGACAUUGUUGAAUAUCUUGUUUCUCAUCCUCUAACAAACAUCCAACAAAAAAACAAAUAUGGUGAAACUCCAGCUGAGGUGAUUUGCUCAAGGUGUUCAAAUGCAAGUCCUGAUUUGAAAAAUCAGAUGAAAAGCUUCCUUGAAGACAAUUUCUAUGUGCCAUUGUUGGGUUCAAUGGAUAAUUCAACUUCUUCCUGGAUUGAGGAGCCUUGGUCACCAGAGAUCACAGGUGAUAAAGUGAACAAUGAAGGGGCACAGCCAGGAAGCCCCCUUAAAAACUGGAAACACAGGAACAGCCCUGGAGAGUUACCAGUUACAGUGAGGGCAUAUGCUGGACCAAUGUCCCCAUCAAAGGCUGCAGAGUUCUACCGUACUUGGAAAACUCCACCAAAGAAGGAGAAGUGGAACAGCUACAUUCAGAUAAAGAGGAAAGAUGACAGUCGUGGUGCAGAAAGAAUUGGAAGAGCACUUGCUCAUUGCGAGAGUGUACCUUGGACAGAAUAUUGGGCAUUUCUUGGCUGUUAUGCUGACUUGGCAAGUCCUCAGGGUCUGACAAAACUUGAAGAUUAUCUGGCCAACAGGAAGGAGAGGAUUGUUUUAAGCAGAUUAUCUGUUACACCUCAGAGAGUCAGAACUGUUAAGAAUGUAUGCAGAGAGUUAAAAACUCCAGAGUCAAGACAAAGUAGUGUUCUUUUGUCUGACAGUGGUUUGGAACAUCAAACAGCCUUUGCAAAUGAUGUUGACUGUUGUACUGAAAAGAACUUGUUGGAUUGCUGUGACAGUUCUCCCUUGUUGUCCAGGAAAGAAAUUUUCCCAGAGUCAGAGAUGGAACCAGAAAAAUUAAAUUUUGAGCUGGAGGAUGUUACAGUGGAAAGCAAACCAGACAAUUCUAAAGAACAGCAUAUUGUGGAGAAAUUUUCAAGUGGAAAGGAUGGGAAUGGUUCUAUCUCGAGGUCGUCUCCACAAGAAAUCAUGAAAGAUAAGCGUUAUAAGCCAACAACGGAAAUGUUGGGAAAAGACUUAGAAACACUUUGUCUUCAUCAAGAAGAAGUUAAGACAAAGCUGCCUACAUCCAAUAGUUCAUUUGCAGAAAAUUCAGAUAAAGAUUUCUUAGACAGAAGCCAUUCUACUCAGUUGAGUGACCAAAAAGAUGAAAGAGACAUUGCAGAGGACAUUGUGUGCAAGAAAAAGCUGGUAUACAGUCUACAAGAACAAGAAACUGGCAAUUAUGGUGAAGUCUUGAAGAGCAGAAAUGCGGAUGUUUCUGAUACUGAGCAAACAGGCAAGAAAAGUCGAGUCAUGCCAACAAAACACAAAAUGGAAAUUCCCAAGGAUUUUAAUUCAACUGAUUUGGAGUCAUCAGUAGUGAAUGGGUCUCCAAUUGAAGUGUUUGAGAACAUAACGUGUGAAGAUCAAAGAUUAAGAAAUGAUGAUUCUAGAGUGUCUAGUGUUCUGGAGCAGAACUGUUUUAAAGUGCCAGGGGGAAGAAAUGUGGAGCAUGCAAAGUCAGAGAGAUCUGGCAAUGUGGUUGGUUCAGGAAAUAAGAGCCUCAGCAUUUUCAUCCAGGGUUUGCAGCCAAGUAAACUUGACCUUGAUGUGUUAAUUGCCAUUGGUCAGACCACAAUUGAUCCUGCAAAAUAUCCUCAUAUCAAAGAAUGGAAGAAACUGGUUAUGUCUUAUUCUGAGGCAACACAAGAAAGCUGGCCAAGCCCAGGAUCACCUAGAUAUCACACAAGACACAAAUCUCUCAUGUUGAGCUGCUAAUAAAGCUGAAUUUGAAUCAAUUUUAACUGAUAUAGGUCAUUUGAAAUUGUGGCUUUUCAACUGGUGUUUCAUGGUUCAAUUUACUUUGUGUUUACCAUUCUGUUUGAUGUAAAUUGGCCCCUAACUUGGUGAACAGGGCAUAAAAUUUUCGUUCUUACCAAAAUGAUAUAUUUAAUAAAAAAAAUUGUUGGUUUUUUUCAUAUUAUGGUUUUGUUAAUGUUUACAUAGGGAUUGCAGUUCAUAAACCCAUGUUUUAAAACAGCAACUCUCAUUUUGUGAAUUAUAUCGCGCAGUAUGUAUUUACACCAGAACCCGUGAUUGAGAAA